UAUUCGAAGUUGUCGUAGACAACUAUAAGGAAAAAGCAUGGUGGAAGUAUACAUGGUGUGCUCGGUUUGGUUAAACCACGCCCCUUUUCUCGCCGAAGUGUCGCUAAAAACGUAGUGCUGCCAACCAUGAAAAAUGAAAUGUUUAACGUCGGCAAGUUGUCUCGACUGCGUUGACGGUAUCUUUGUCUCAUGUACCGUGAUUGCAUCAUCUUUCUCUCUCGGGAUAUUACCGCAGCAGAAUAACGUGUCUAACGGAUCGAGCGAAAUUUUGAGGACAACAGUGUCGAGAUAUACUGUUACUGCCGAGUUAUCGAAUUCGCGUUUAUUAAAAAUGGUACGCUGCGUAGUGAAAUGCUGCAAAAACACUAGGGAGAUAUGUGCAACGGAACAAGUAAGUUUCUUCCAAUUGCCGGAAAAUCCUAUAAUGCGUGAGGGAUGGAUUCAAAGAAUUGGAGAAAUUCAUCUGCCUACAAAUAUUAAAAAUGCAAGAAUCUGUUCUGCACAUUUCACGGAAGAUUCAUUCUUAAAAGGAAAGAGGAAUCAUAAAAAUAGAGAUGGCAUUCGAAGACGAAAGCUUAUUCCAAGUGCAGUUCCAACGUUACUUUUGUCAUCAAUGGAAAAUAGCAUUGGCGAUACCGUUCGCAUGAACUGCAAAGUAAUCUACAAAGAUUUUUUACUUCCUGUCAAAACAUGUAUGAAAGAAAGAUCAAUUACUGAAAUGGAUUCAGGCAACCAAUGGCAGAAGAAUCUUUGCAAAACGAUAGCGUCGGUGGUUCAUCGAAUGCAGGGGAAAAAACGAAUGACAUCGAAGCAUCGGAAUAUCAGUCUAGCAGUCAACGACUGGAUGAUAUAUGUUUAAUAUGUCGAACACCACCGAGCUCAUAUAAUGCAUGUGACAACGUAUAUGGUGCUACUUUUCCGAGAAGAUCUCAAAGAAAGAAAAAUGUUGUUUGCCGAAACAUCCUACGUACAAGUACAGCGGGAAAGAUAUCGUCCAGAACUGCUGUGAAAAGGGGCAUCGAGGUUGCAUCGAAAGUCCAAGAAUGCGCCAGCGAAGAGGGUACUCCAUCGUGGAAGCGUAAACAGCGAUUUAUGAUGGAAAAUUGUAGUAGCAGUAUUAGCGGCAGCGUCUACAAGUCAACAACUAAUAAUGACCCGAACGUCACAAUUGACUGGCUGAUGGUUGAAUUACAACAUCGCCGUUCAGUUGGUGAAUUUCACGUACUGUCUAAGCUACGCGGUUUUGAAGAUCGACGAUCGAUUCAACAGGAAUGCGAUGCAUUAAAAUUGCAAUUAUUUCAGAAAGAUGACCGUAUAAAAAAAUCUUAUGAGAGAAAACGAGGAAUUGAAAAACACACUCAAUGAUCUCCAUGCUAGAUCUGUGACAGCCAAUGUCAACAAAAAUCUUGUGCAAAAACUGUCCGAAGAGCAGGUAAAAGAAAUACUCAAACCAUAUUUCACGGAGGGUCAAAUACGAUGCAUCGUUGAACGUCGAAAGUGGGUUUACUGGUCGAUUGAUGACUAUGCUUCAGCCCAGUGAUGCGGUAUCUACUACCGGGCUCGCGGCUCUCGAGCCCCAACACAAGUAAGAAGCGCUUACGUCACGCGUCUGUGUGCGCUCGGCCGUUCGGCUAUAGAGAGAGAGCGGACGUCUCUGUCUUGCUACCAUCGAGCCGACGUAAACACAUUGCGGACGGCUAAUGCUCAGAAACAAGCGCUUUUAAUCGAGUAAGGCGAGUGCCUAGCG